AUGGCCCAACGCGCCCCGCUUGCAGGACGUCCUCCGUACGCGACCGACGAGGACGAUAGUAUCUACGAUAACCCGGCUCCUCGGGCCCGUGUUCCUCGUCCUCCGGUUGACAACCCCAAUGAGCGCACAUCUGCGUACAACACGUACGACAACUACCUCGAUGGCCGCCAGUCGCACACUUCGGCCUCGGCCGGUAUUGGGGGCGCCUUGCUUGCAAUUGACUCGGACUCUGAUGAUGAGACAGACCUCCAUUCGGUCCCCCCUCAACGGAAUGCCGAUAAUGGAAGUCGUGCCGCUCUCUAUGCUGCCGCUUCGGGUAUGAAUAACCCGCCCCCUCAUUCCUCCUCUCCAAAUCGCUCGCCUACGUCGCCGGCACCCCCUUACUCCCCUCCUGCAAAUGGCCGCAUGCCAUUGGAUGCCAAGCCAACUCCCGGCAUGGGCGGUCGCGCUUCCCCUGGUGCCUCAUCGUCGCAAAACCCGCUUGCUUCUCCUCGUCCGGUCUACGCACCCAACACGCCCAGCCGUCAGGCUGCCUUUGACGUACACAGCCAACAGCAACACCCGCCUACAAAUCUUACCGUUCAGAUCCCGGCUCCCCCGAGCGCCAACCUCCGUGCUGACAUUCAGUCGCGCGGCCCAACCAUGCCUACCGCUGCAUUCAUGGUGCCUCCCGCUAAUGGAGGUGGUGGAACUCCUUCGUCUGCCGGAUUUGGCCCGAUACCUGGUACACCAAACGAAGGUUUACAUCCCCACCCUCUUCAGGCACCUUCGACACCUAUCACUCCGGUGUUUGCUGCCCCGCCCCGGGUCAACUUUGCUGAAAAGUCUUUCAACACUCCCAUCCUGCGAGGAGAUAAGGAAGAGACAUUGAUUGCUCGCCGCGGAGAAAGGGGUGACGAUUUCUGGCGUCGGUUUAGCAUGGUCGCCAAGGAAGAAAACGCGAAGCCAGCCAACCAAAAGUCCAGCCAUUGGUUGAAACGGAAUCAAGCCGGCCGAUCUGGGUUCUCCCGAUGUGUUUGGGUCGUUGGUCUCAUCCUGCUUAUUGUAAUCAUUGGUGCUAUCGGUACAGGCUAUUACUUCUCACGCAGCAAGCCUGACCACUACCGCCCAGCGACUUUUGGUGGCUCUGAGGAAGAGGGUAUGAACGGAAAGGGCACUUCUUCAGUCUCACAAUCAUCAACCUCGACUUCAACUGGUGGACUUGUCAAGAUCGUUCACACUAGCACCUCUGCUCCUGCUGCGACUACCACAGCUGCCGCGAAGCGAAGCGAGAAUGUGUCAGAACGCGUAAUUGCGCGAGCAUUUGGACAACCGCCUGUUCAGUUGAAUCGUGACUUGCCCUUGGUCACAAAGAACGUGCACCAACACCAACAAAGCAAGCGCCGUGCGUGGCAGAAUGUGAUUUAA